AUGAGCGAUAUUGAGAGCAUUAACGAGGUGAGUGGGAUGCAAAAAUUGUGCAAAAAAAGAUAAUUUUAUUCAGGAUCCAGUGGAAACUCCUCCAAAUUCGAGAAAAAGUAGUGAAUCGUCACUUGGAUAUCAUUCGGAUUCGGAGAGAAAUGUGAGUUUUUCCGACUUUUGGAUUGCGUCAAUAGAAAAACGUAAAUAGCAAGAAAUGAUAUUUUUCUGAGAGAUGAAUGGCUGAAAAUAAAAAAUAUGCCAAGUGACGAAAUAAGUUCACGUAAAAAUAUUUGUUUUUUUCCAAGUUUUUAAACUGCCACGUCAUUGUUAAUGUGAAAUGUGACUGAAAAUUAGCCAUAUUUUCAGUCAAAAAAUCUGGAAAUUGUAUACUCAACUUCCUUAUUUCCGCCCAUUUUUCCAGGAAAAACGCCCAAAAUGUUGUUCAUUCUGCUGGAAUCUUGCCAGAAAACAAAAAGCCGAAUUGAAUUUGCCGAUUCCGGCAAAAGAUUCGUUCGGCGUUUGGUCGUCACAUUCAUUGGCUCGUUUUGGUUUCAUCACAUGUCCGCUUCUUUGGUUUCAUAAAUGCUCGAUUUGCGGAGCGACCGAAGGAAACGCACAUACCGAACGAAAUUGUCCGGUUCGCCGUGAUUUUUGA